AUUUUGGUGUUUCUCCUAGCUCUCCUUAUUAAAUCGUUUGCACUAGACCCUGUUGUUAUGUCAAGACAUGCAAGAUCAAGAGGAUAUGGUGAUGAUGAAGAAGAUGAUGUGGAGGAGAACAAAGAGAAUGGCGAAGAAAUGAAAGAAGAAGAAAAGCAGGUGGAGGAGGAUGAAGAGAAUAUGGAGGAGGAAGAAGAGAAGGUGGCGGAGGAAGAAGAGAAGGUAGAGGAAGAAAAAGAGAAGGUAGAGGAGGAAAAAGAGAAUGUGGCGGAGGAAGAAGACAAGGUGGAGGAGGAAAAAGAGAAGUUGGAGGAGGAAAAAGAAAAGGUGGAGGAGGAAAAAGAGAAGGUGGAGGAGGAAAAAGAGAAGGUACAGGAAGAAGAAGAGUUGAUGGAGGAAGAAACAUUGGGGGAGGAAGAAGUGGAGAUGGAGGAAGAGGGAGAGCAAGUGGCAGAAGAAGAAGGGGAGGGGGAAGAAGACAAGGAAAUGGAUCAAGUUGGAGAAGAUGAAGAUGAUGGAAUAAGAAAAAAGAGCAAUGGUGUUGAUGAUGGAUACAAAUAGUAAAUUCUGUGAUUUAUUGAAUGUUUGUGAUACUAUUAAAUUUUUAUAACAUUGUGUUAAA